CAGGGAUCCUGGGCCUUACCAGGAGGUUCCUUUUACUUUGAGGAAGCUGGAUUAGACGGGAUUUCUGGAUUGCCUUCCGUUACUGCUUUAGGAAAAGCCAAAAGGAUGAUUAAGGACAUGGAGCACAAACUGGAAUGGCCUUCCCCUCAAGGGGAAUCCUGCUUGCAGAAUGGGCAAGAAGGCAGCCUGGGAGUUGAAGAUGAAGAACUAGCCCUGGAGAGUUUUCAACUUCUGCAGAUAGAUACUGAGUUUGAGAGUGAAAGGGCCGUGCCCAAGGAUGGAGAGAUGUGGUGCUCGAAAAAUGUCUUACGGAAACAGCGGCACUGGGAGAAGAUAGUUGCAGCAAAGAAGAGUAAAAGAAAGCAGGAAAGAGAGAGAAAAAAAGCCCACCAUUCAGAACAUGCAGGUGGGAGCCCUCAGCAGAGCAAACGCGUUUUGAAAGCCAUGACCAAAGAGAGACUUUUGGCAGCCAAAAGCUCAGGACCUAGACUUUGCAUCGAUUUGAGUAUGACCAAUCGCAUGACUAAGAAGGAAUUAAGCCGAUUGGCUGGACAGAUCCGAAGGUUGUAUGGUUCAAAUAAAAAAGCCACCAAGCCAUUCUGGAUCUGCCUUACUGGAUUCACAACUGAUAACCCCUUAUAUGAAGAGUGUUUAAGGAUGAAUGAUGGAUUCUCUAAUUACCUUCUAGAUACAACAGAAGAAGACUACGUGAGUUUAUUUCCUCCGGAAAGCCUCGUGUACCUGACGCCCGAUUCAGAGCGUGCCCUUGAAGAUAUUGAUCUAGACAAGGUUUACGUCCUGGGUGGACUUGUGGAUGAAAGCAUUCAAAAGAAGCUGACCUUCGAGAAGGCCCGAGAAACCUCCGUGCAGACGGCUCGCCUGCCUAUCCGGGAGCACAUGGUGAAAAGGGCCAACGGCAAGAACUACCACUCCGAGAUCCUGGCCAUCAACCAAGUGUUUGAUAUCCUGUCCACCUACGUUGAGACACGAAACUGGCCCGAAGCCCUGAAAACAGGCGUUUCCCCCGGGAAAGGUUAUGUGAUUCCGAAUACGACAGCAUGAGAGGUGGUCUGUCUUUUAUGAGAUGAUUUCAGAGAUCCUUUUUUCUCCUCUUGUAAUAGCUGGGGAGAGAUUAUCCAAAACCAGCUCUAGCCUCCUGAAAGGUGGGCUCCGAAUUGUUUAUUUUUAUAGUUAAACUGGAGCCAUUGUACUUUCAAAAGUAUUUCUUAUACUUCAGACAUUGAAGGCAGGGACUUCUCUGUCUUGUUAUUUGUAUAUUCAGGGCCUAACACAGCCCCUUGGGCAUUAAUAAAUAUUAGUCAAAUUAAAUUGGACUUUUGCUUAAAUAUUUAUUUAAAUGAUAUAAAAAGUGUUCCCUUUUUACUGACACUUUUUGUUACAUAAAGGUUACUCGUGUUUCCCACAGGUGUUUGUAACAUGCCAGAUAACAACUGUAAAGAUAAUUCUUUAACUAUCCUUGGAA